AUGCCCCCUCAGGCCGCUAUACUCGUCCGGGACUCGCCAGAUUCGUCAGAUAUACUAACUGAAGCUUUGGAAGAUAUAAAGAAGAAUCCCCUCGGCCAUGUAGCGCUCAAUCUCGUAGCGAAAGCAGCUGGAAUGGGAGAAUACAUUCUAACGGGUUUGGAAGUCUACAUGUAUAGAGAGCCGUGUCUGAUGUGCUCGAUGGCUUUGAGUCAUUCUCGUAUCAAACGAUUGUUUUUUGUGAAAAAAUGCGGCACUGAUGGCUCUUGCGGAACUCGAGAAUCUAUUCAUACUCUGCCGGCGCUGAAUCACCGAUUUCAGGUGUUUUACGGAGGGUUCGAAGACCGACGUGGUGAAAAGCGGAAGGCGGAGUGA